AUGAAUAAGGCACAUGGAACAAAAUUCUAUGAGCCCCACCGAUAUACUACCUCCAAUUCUUCAAAGAUGUCAGAGUCAGUGGAACCAAUAACAUCUUCGGUUCAGUUCUCAAAACUGUACCUGACUAAAGACGAGGUGGCGCUGUGCAAAAGGGCCACCAUCCACGAUGAACUGUUAUACACAGUCAAAAAGAAAGAGAUCUUUCAGUUCAUUAAGGAGCUCAUCAAAAAGCUAAAAUCGCCACUAAAGAUUCUACAGAGCUUCGGCUACUACUUCCAACGGUUUUUCUUGUUUAACGACUUCAAGAAGAACAUCAAUUCGUGCCACGAGAUAGCCAUAUGUGCCCUAUACAUAGCGAUGAAGAACAACGAUUAUAUCAAAAGAUUAAAGGACGUGAUUGCCAUGGGCAACCAGAUACGAAAUCUUCCUUGCACUUCUGAGGCUCUGGAUGAGCAGAAAAAGAAGAUCUUCAGCUUUGAAAAGAAGUUUCUGGAGGUGAUAGCGUUUGACUUCAGAGCCUUCUCCGUGGAGGACUUCCUGAUAAAGUAUUCGAAGACUUUGGGGGUUCACCCGGACGUUACCUAUCUGGCUUGGAUUAUCAGUAACGACUCAUAUUUCACAGAAUUGGUACUAACCUCUGCUCCAUACAAUAUUUCGCAGGGAUGCCUGCUAUUGGGGUUCGACCUCUACGAGGAGUUGAACCCAGGAAAGCUGGACCAGGAGAUUUCCACCUGGAAGGAGGGUCUUUUGAAGUCACGAAAAAUCAGUCCCAAUCCUUUUUUUGUAUUGUCUGCCAAAAAUGACCUGUUGACAUAUUUCAUCGAGCAGUGGGACGGCUCCUUCUUGAGCUCCAUGGUUGAGGCCGAAAACCUCAACGACCACAUCCUCAACAUCAAGCUGAAACUUGCCCAUGAGCCGGAAAUGAAGGGUAGAAAGAGGGCAAUUGCUUUAGAAGAAAGUUCAGACGAUCUUUUUUACAAGCCAAGAGACUACGAAGUUGGAAAAGUGGGUACCAUCAGGUUCCUGUACCAUAAGCGAGAAUUUUUGGAGGAGAUGAGGAAAACUGUAUAA